AUGAAUCCUGAAGAUAAAGAUAAGACUUCUUUCACUACGAAUUGGGGCACUUACAGAUAUAGGGUGAUGUCUUUUGGUUUGAAGAAUGCCGGUGCUACCUACCAAAGGGGUGCCACCACUAUCUUGCAUGAUUUGAUACACAAAGAAGUGAAGGUGUAUGUAGAUGACAUGAUUGUCAAGUCGAUUAAUCGAAAAGGGCACUUUAAGGCUUUAAGGGUUUUCUUUGAGAGGAUCAAGGAGUUCAAACUGAGACUGAACUCACAAAAAUGUGUGUUUGGGGUGACAGGUGGUAUUCUUUUGGGGUUCAUGGUAAGUGAGAGAGGUAUUGAGAUUGACCCAUCCAAAAUCAAAACGAUAACAGAAAUGUCACCUCCUCAAACGGAGAAGGAAAUUCGAGGGUUUUUUGGAAGGAUCCAAUACAUUAGUCGGUUCAUUUCUCAACUGACAGCUAUAUGUGAACCGAUCUUCAAAUUACUGAAAAAGGAUCAACCUAAGAGGUGGAAUCCUCAAUGCCAAUUGGCUUUUGAUCGCAUCAAGAGCUACUUGGUAAACCCACCAAUCCUCAUUCCCCCUACUCCAGAAAGACCAUUGUUGUUGUAUCUCUCUGUAUUAGAAACCUCCAUGGGAUCGAUGGUGGCUCAGUAUGGCCCAGAUGGGCAUACAGAGCAAGGAAUUUAUUACCUUAGUAAGAAGUUCACAGACUAUGAGACAAGGUACACAAAACUGGAGAAGACUUGUGCAGCUUUGGUUUGGGCAACAAGGAGGUUGAGACAUUACAUGUUGAACUAUUCAGUCUUUUUGAAGUCCAUCAAGGAUAGUGUCAUUGUUGAACACCUAUCCGCACAUCCAGUUGUUGAUACGAGGCCUUCGAAUGACAUAUUUCCAGAUGAAGAUGUAGUUUCUUUUAAGGUUGAAAAUGAGGUUGGCAUUUGGCAAAUGUUCUUUAAUGGAGCCGCCAAUCAAAAAGGUUACGGAGCCGGAGUUCUACUUAUAACUCCUGAAGGGUUAAACAUGCCCAUGGCAUAUAGGUUGGACUUUGAGUGCACCAACAACAUGGCCAAGUAUGAAACUUGCCUCAUGGGAUUGAAAGUAGCCAUCUCUAUUUGGGUCAAAAGAUUGGAAGUAUACGGAGAUUUGUCGAUUGUCAUAUGCCAAGUCCAAGGUAAGUGGAAAACAAAGGAGGAAAAGUUAAAACCAUACCAAGGGUGUAUAGAGUCUCUAAUGAAGCAGUUCACAGAAAUUAGUUUUGACUAUUUCCAGAGGGACAAUAAUAGGUAUGCCGAUGCUUUGGCUACUCUCGCAUCGAUGGUUGAUUUUGGUCCGGGUGAGCAAAUACAACCAUUCAUUAUAGAUCGGAGAGAUCAUCCUUCACAUCAAGGCUUCGUCAAUGCCCUAACAGUAGAUGGUAGGCCUUGGUUUGUCCAUAUUGUGGAUUUUAUCAGAGAGGGGAAGUACUCUGCAGAUGCUACCCAAGGAGAUAGAAGGUUCUUGAGGCAUUAUGCCACCCAGUUCAUAUUACACAAAUAUAUUUUAUACAAGCGAUCUUUUGAUGGUAUACAACUAGUGUGCAUGGAUGAAGAUCAAGUACAGACAAUCUUGGAGCAAAUUUUUGCCAACCUCAUCUAUGUGCCCCCAACAAAAUUGCACACGCUGAGUUCUCUGUGGCCUUUUUCCACUUGGGGUAUCGAUGUGAUCGGAAAAAUUAAUGCCAAAGCUUCGAACGGGCACGAGUUUGUGUUGGUAGCUAUUGAUUACUUCACCAAAUGGGUAGAGGCUCAGUCAUACGCAAAACUCACAGUGGCAAAGGUAGCCAAAUUUUUGCAAGAACAUAUCAUUUGCCUAUAUGGGAUGCCCCAUGAGGUGAUUUCUAACCAAGGUCAACAUUUUAGGGACAAGAUACAGGAGUUGUGUGAUCAAUUCAGGAUUGCAAGGCACAGGUCUUCUCCUUAUCGCCCUCAAACCAAUGGAGCGGUUAAAGCGGCAAACAAAAACAUGAAGGUCAUACUCCAGAAGAUGGUUGACAGGAACAAUGAUUGGGCUGACAAAUUAGCUUAUGCCUUAUGGGAUUAUCGGACUUCUAUUAGAACUCCAACUGCAGCAACUCGGUACUCUUUAGUAUAUGGAAUGGAAGUAGUCCUCCCGAUUGUGCUAGAGGUCCCCUCUCUUAGAAUCCUUAUGGAGAGUCAGAUUCUAGAAGCAGAUUGGCUCAAGUCGAGGUACGAGGAGUUGAACCUCAUUGAUGAAAAAAGGAUGAAGUCAAUGGACAACAUGAAUAUGUAUCAACUGCGAGUUGUAAGGGCUUUCAACAAAAAAGUCCACCCACAUUCCUUGGAAGUUGGAGAUUUGGUUUUAAAGAAAUCUGAGUUGUGUUUUGUCACUCCCAUUAUUAUGAUGGAUGUUGCUUUCCGCCGAUGGAUGGUAGCAAUGAGGGAUGACGACCUUGAAGUCCUUGAAGAAGUGCACCUUUAUGCACUCUUUCAGCUCCAGCGCAUCAGUCCAUGUCGUGCUUUGAUACAUGAGGCAUCUUGUUUCUGGAUCCGAGAACUUCAUGUUUUUCGAUUCGGAACUGUGGCAAUUUGCCCUACUCUGGAAGAAUUUUGA